CAAAAUUCGGACAAUCCAGUUGAAAUCGGAUCUCUCCUUUAACUACCCAACUUUUCGAAUUCCUUCAUUCACGACUCCACUCUCCCUCGUUCAAUUCCCGUUAAUUAUUCUUCUCCCUCAAGUGCAACUAAGGAUAACUCGAUUCUGGAAUCAUAAUGGUUCGUACAAAGAACCCAAGCUAUGUGGAAAAAUCGAAUCCCCCAGCAGAUCUCGAAGAAGAAGCAACUCGUGGAGAUGAAUCAGAACGUGAUUCCGAUAAAACGGACUCAAUUGAGAAGUCAAAUGAUAAGGAUUCAUCGGAAUCUGAGGAUGAAUCCGAUGUAAUGCAACCUUUGAGUAUGUACUUUGAUUACUCCCAGUAUACGAAGCCUUUCAAGAUGUCUGGAAAGUGUUAUAUUUCAGAGGCGGUAAACUUAUUAGGCGGUCAUCUUAAGGAAGAGGAGUUGGAUUGGUUCUUAGGGCACCCACAGUUCAAGCAUUUCUUCCAUAUGCCUAAGGAUUCGAAUCAUAAGUUGAUGGGUAUGUGGAUGUUGUUGCUUCGCACAGCGCAUUUGGAGAAGAAAAAUGAAUGCUGGUUCAUUGUUAAUGGGACUCCCAUCCGGUAUUCUCUCAGAGAAAUGGCAAUCAUUUCUGGGUUAUAUUGCCAUCAGUAUCCAAAAUUCAAGGAUGGUUUGGGCAGUUUAAAUUUUGCUCGGAAGCAAUUUAAAGGUGGACAAAUAAUACAAUAUGGAGAUGUCAAAGCGAAGCUACUUUCGAUGAAGAAACUUUCAGAGGAUCGUUUGAAGAUGGCUAACAUUCCCUUGGGGUCGAAUGGCAUUUGA